CUCGGAAGCGUGCCCCAGGGUAUCCUCGAGGACCUCUCGAGAGGUGGUAUCCAGAGUAUCUGCCCACCCCCGAGGUCGCCAUUGUAUCCACAUCCACCGCUCCCCAGGGACCCAGGGCAGGGCUGCAACAGCUGUGUGUAUGGGUGGUUACUGGCAGUGCGACAUCCUUCGAUGCUGUCGUUCCCCUCCUUUUGCUGCGCCUCGCACGCGGCAAGAUCGCGUUCCACGGUUUAAAAUUUCAUUUCAACAGUUUUUGCAUGAGUCUCAGUUCUUUGUGUGGAUAUGUAUGUCUCCGCUUUGGCACUUGGCUGGGUGCCUCCCAGCAGCACGCAGGCAGGAUCUUUGUCUCUAGGCCACGCAGUGGCAACGCUCGCUGGCUUUUUUUUCAUCAUCCAGAUGACUCGGAUGGGGCACAGCAAAAGCCAUCGGCUGCGCCCUGGGUGUUCUCCAAGACCCGAUUUGAUGUUGUUGUCCUCCACUCUUGGACAUGAUUUUGACUCGGCCCAUUCGCGCGGCGCGAAAGUAGGUCACCAAAGGACUUCGUGACCUGCGCUUGGUAUUAUUAGAAGCGGGCGCGCACGAAGCACGCAGUUUGGUAGGUUUCUAUGCGGCUCCGAUGGUGUCCCGAUUGCUGUAUUAUCAUUUCCCGUUCAUGGUCGAAAUUGUGUCCCGAUUGGUGUCUCGAUAGGCGUCUCGAUGGAUUAUCGGAUUGAUUUCCUGAUCGUGCCCAGGUGAUGUCCGGAUUGAUGUUUGACGAAUGCGAUCUUGUGGUGUUCAGACCAGCAUGCCAUGAAAGUCACACAUCGAGCACAAAUCUCAGUUUGUACCAGUCGCGAUCUCACCGUGAAGACACCACACAGAUACAUCCAGGCAAAAUUGGCAAUCAUCAU